AUGCCGCCAAAGCUGCGGACAGCGGAGCUAGCAAGGUUGCAAGAGGAGAAUGCCGAGCUGCGACGUCGAGUUGAGGCUGGUGCUCCGGAGGAGCUGUGGGAGACCUGGCUGCAGCGCGCGGCCGAGGAGGUUCACACAGAGGGAAGCUGGCUGGAGCGUUGGUCGAAGCAGCGGCUCCUCAUGCUGAAGGGACAGAUCAUGCAGGAGGAGUGGGGCAUCCGCUCCGCAAGCCAAGUGUUGGAGAAGCAGCAAGCAGCGCUGCGGGCUGUACAGAGGCUGCCUACAACUCCCGCAGCUGUGAAGGCAGUGGAGGACGCGGUCGCUGAGGGCAAUGACUUCGUUGCUGCCCGGCCCGACGCCGUGGCGCGCGCGCACCGCAGCAGCGCUGCGCGGAAAGUGCUGUGCAAGAGUAUCGCGGCACUGCUUCAGGAUGCUGUCUCUGCACAUGGCCGUGUUUGCACCCGUGGACCCUUCACCGAGAAGACCAAGCUCGUACAGGCAGAUCUGCGUGCUCUUGCACUUCGCGCUGCUGCGCUCUUUCCGGAGCAGGCUUGGUCGCAUGCCGAGGCGGCUCUGCCAGAUGCGGACCACUUGGCAGCCAAGCUGAAGGACUUGGAAGCCCGUUUGCACAGUCGAGCGGCGCGCCAGGCUGUUCGUGCAGCCUUCGUGCAUCUGCGUCUGCAGUCUGCCGUUUGGAAUCUGGAGAUGCACCUGCUGAAAGCAGAGGAUGCAGGCAACCGCGGGGUCCCGGACUUUUCCGCCGGGCGCAUGAGGUAG